AGACGGCAGUGGUGGCGCUGGCGGCGGUGGCGGCGGCGGCGGCGGCGGUGGGUGGCGGGGGCCUGUGACCGGAAGCCGCCCCCGGACCCGGGCACCAUGAGCCAAGGCCCCCCCCCGGGGGAGAGCAGCGAGCCCGAAGCAAAGGUCCUCCACACCAAGCGGCUUUACCGGGCUGUGGUGGACGCCGUGCAUCGACUUGACCUCAUCCUUUGCAACAAAACCGCUUAUCAAGACGUGUUUAAAGCAGAGAGCAUUAGCCUGAGGAACAAGCUGCGUGAGCUCUGCGUCAAGCUGAUGUUCCUGCACCCGGUGGACUAUGGGAGGAAGGCGGAGGAGCUGCUGUGGAGAAAGGUGUACUAUGAGGUCAUCCAGCUCAUCAAGACCAACAAGAAGCAUAUCCACAGCCGGAGCACCUUGGAGUGUGCCUACCGGACACACCUGGUCGCUGGCAUUGGCUUCUACCAGCAUCUGCUCCUUUAUAUCCAGUCCCAUUACCAGCUGGAGCUGCAGUGCUGCAUCGACUGGACCCACGUGACCGACCCCCUCAUAGGAUGCAAGAAGCCAGUGUCUGCCUCAGGGAAGGAGAUGGACUGGGCACAGAUGGCGUGCCACCGGUGUCUGGUGUACCUGGGGGAUUUGUCCCGGUAUCAGAAUGAACUAGCUGGCGUGGACACUGAGUUGCUGGCUGAGAGGUUUUACUACCAAGCCCUGUCGGUAGCCCCCCAGAUUGGAAUGCCCUUCAACCAGCUGGGCACCCUCGCGGGCAGCAAAUACUACAGCGUGGAAGCCAUGUACUGCUACCUGCGCUGCAUCCAGUCGGAAGUGUCCUUUGAGGGGGCCUAUGGGAACCUCAAGCGGCUGUAUGACAAGGCAGCCAAAAUGUACCACCAGCUGAAGAAGUGCGAGACCCGGAAGCUGUCCCCCAGCAGGAAGCGAUGCAAAGACGUUAAGAGGUUGCUGGUGAGCUUUAUGUAUCUGCAAAGCCUGCUGCAGCCCCAAAGCAGCUCUGUGGACUCAGAGCUGACAUCACUUUGCCAGUCGGUCCUGGAGGACUUCAACCUCUGUCUCUUCUACCUGCCGUCCUCACCCAACCUCAGCCUGGCCAGCGAGGAGGAGGAGGAGUGCGAGAGUGGCUACGCCUUCCUCCCGGACCUGCUCAUCUUUCAGAUGGUCGUCAUCUGUCUCAUGGGCGUGCACAGCCUCAAGAGAGCAGGGUCCAAGCAGUACAGCGCGGCCAUCGCUUUCACGCUGGCCCUUUUCUCCCACCUCGUCAACCACGUUAACAUACGGCUGCAGGCGGAGCUGGAGGAUGGCGAGAACCCCGUCCCGGCUUUCCAGAACGAUGGCCCAGAUGAGACAGAGGGUAAGGAGCCCUUGGAGAAGGAAGACGGCCCGGGGGCUGAGCCCCCUCCCACAGCCCCUCAAGAGGGCGAGCUCAGAAAGAGCCGGAAGUUCUCCCGCCUCUCCUGCCUCCGUCGCCGGCGCCACCUACCCAAAGCCGGUGACGACAGUGACCUGAGUGAGGGCUUUGACUCGGACUCGAGCCACGACUCGGCCCGGGCCAGCGAGGGCUCUGAUAGCGGCUCGGACAAGAGUCUCGAAGGUGGGGGUACGGCCUUUGAUGCCGAGACAGACUCGGAAAUGAACAGCCAGGAGUCCCGAUCAGACCUGGAAGACAUGGAGGACGAGGAGGGGACACGGUCCCCAGCCCUGGAGCCCCCUCGGGCCAGGCCCGAGGCCUCCGAGUCCCUCAACGGCCCCGUGGGCCCCAGCGAGGCGAGCAUCGCCAGCAGCCUGCAGGCCAUGUCCACCCAGAUGUUCCAGACCAAGCGCUGCUUCCGGCUGGCACCCACCUUCAGCAACCUGCUGCUGCAGCCCUCCGAGCCCCGCAAGCCCUGUGUCAACGGGGAUGUGGACAAGCCUGCAGAGCCAGCCUCCGAGGACGGCUCUGAAUCCGAGGGGAGUGAGUCCAGCGGGCGCUCCUGUCGGAAUGAGCACAGCGUCCAGGAGAAGCUGCAGGUGCUCGUGGCCGAAGGCCUGCUCCCCGCCGUCAAGGUCUUCUUGGACUGGCUGCGGACCAACCCCGACCUCAUCAUCGUGUGUGCGCAGAGCUCCCAGAGUCUGUGGAACCGCCUGUCUGUGUUGCUGAACCUGCUGCCAGCAGCUGGCGAGCUCCAGGAGUGUGGCCUGGCCCUGUGUCCUGAGGUCCAGGAUUUUCUUGAGGGCUGUGAACUGCCCGACGCCCCCUCCAGCCUGCUGCUCCCCGAGGACACGGCACUUCGUAACCUGCCUCCCUUGCGGGCUGCCCACCGGCGCUUUCACUUUGGCUCGGAUCGGCCCCUGCUCAGUACCUUAGAGGAGGCAGUCGUGCGUGUCUGCUGCAUCCGCAGCUUCGGCCACUUCGUUGCCCGCCUGCAGGGCAGCGUCCUGCAGUUCAGCCCGGCCGUGGGCAUCUUCGUGAGCGCAGCCCCAUCUGAGCAGGACGGCCUGCUACAGCAAGCCCAGGCCCAGCUCCGCAUGGCACAGGAGGAAGCUCGGCGGAACAGGCUAAUGAGAGACAUGGCCCAGCUACGACUUCAGCUCGAGGUGUCUCAGCUGGAGGGAAGCCUGCAGCAGCCCGAGGCCCAGUCGGCAAUGUCCCCCUACCUUGUCCCCGACACCCAGGCCCUCUGUCACCACCUCCCUGUCAUCCGCCAGCUGGCCACCAGUGGCCGCUUCAUUGUCAUCAUCCCAAGGACAGUGAUCGAUGGCCUGGAUUUGCUGAAGAAGGAACACCCAGGGGCACGAGAUGGGAUCCGCUACCUGGAGGCAGAGUUUAAAAAGGGCAACAGGUACAUUCGCUGCCAGAAGGAGGCGGGGAAGAGCUUUGAGCGGCAUAAGCUGAAGAGGCAGGACGCAGAUGCCUGGGCCCUCUAUAAGAUCCUGGACAGCUGCAAACAGCUGACUCUGGCCCAGGGGGCCGGUGAGGAGGAUCCGAGCGGCAUGGUGACCAUUGUCACGGGCCUUCCCCUGGACAACCCCAGCGCGCUCUCAGGCCCGAUGCAGGCAGCUUUGCAGGCCGCUGCACAUGCCAGUGUGGACGUCAAGAACGUUCUGGAUUUCUACAAGCAGUGGAAGGAGAUUGGUUGAGACUGACCCCCAGGCCCUGCAGUGGGGCUGACUCCAGAUCUCCUGCCCUCCCCGGCAGCCAGGACGGCCACCUGUAGUCACCCCACCGCACGCAGACUCAGCACGCACUCAGGAGGGGAGCCCAGCCGCAUGCAGGCUGAGGGAGGGCCCAGGAGCCGGCAGGGGGCGCGGUCCCCCGUUGCCAAGACGAUGUCAGGAACUGUGAGGAAGGUGCUUGGGGCAGGAGAGGCCUGUGGGCCCUAAUCAGCCCUCCUGCCUCAACCCCCGGCUGUCCCCAGGGGCAGGAGGCAGGCAUGGUGUCUGCGUGUCAUUGGCGUGGUUCCUGGACCUCUGAGGGGAAGGGACAGCAGAGGGCCCUCCUCCUCCCCCAGGACACGGGGGCGGUUGGGACCAGGAGUUUGCACCCACUGGCCCUGGGGGACGUGUGGCUAACACCACCUAGCUGGGUGGCUCUGCAGACCCUUCCCUCGAGGACGACCUGUCCCCAUUUCCCUGCAAGGGCCGGGCAGCUCUGGGGCCUUGGGGACCCUUGAAGAAGAGGGGCCCAGAGCUGGCUGCAUUGAUAGCAGGGCCACUCACCCAGUCGCCCCCCUCCUGCCUUCUGUCCCCGUCUAGCUCCCAGGGCAGGGAGUGGGUCCCAACGAUGGCCGCAGGCAGACUGGCCUGUGUGCCCAUGAGGGUCCUGUGCCCACCAGCCCCAGUCACUGCGCUUUGUGCUCUUGGCUGCUGUGCUGGGACGGGGGUGCCAGUGAGAGGAGAGGGGGUGCAGUGUGAGGCCACCACCCCGACUGGAUAAAGGAGAGGCCCCUGGAAGCGGCCGGUCAGGGGCCCCUGUCCUGCUGGGCUCCCCUACUUGGGCUUCCCCAGCCUGACGCCUGUGGGGCUGAGCACGGGGCUCACCUCUGAAGUGGAGGUGACGGGAGCAGAGCACCACUAGCUCAGGGCAGUGGGCGGGGCUGCUGGUGGCUCUGUGGCCAGGAUUGCCUGUGUCCCCCCUCCUCGGGCUGGACUGGGCUGGGGGUCUCCGCUCUGUCCCCGGCGCCAGCCCCGCUUCCCAGGCUGUUCUCAGGAGCCCAGGCUUCCCGCCUCCUUCCUCCAACACGGCGUGUCUGGGACAGCCUGGCGGGGUCGGAGCCGAGCAUCACGUAAUAAAGACCCCAAAGCCCAC